CUAUUUAUUACCCUCCCCUCCCCUCUCCUCAUUCAAAACAUUCAUUAUUUAUAGCAACCUUUUCAAGAUCCACUGCUACAAUUUGCGUUUGCCCAAAUCAAAACAACAUUCGACCUCUGCCCAUAGUUUUCUUUUUGGUUUUGAAGGGAUUCUAGGAUUGUCUUUGUGGGUGAUCUUGAGAGAAUGGCAAGUGCAGCAGCUGUUGGGAUGAUGGGAGGAAAUGGGGGUGCUGUGUCCUCGAGCUCUUGGUUUCAAAUCAAGAACAGGAGGAAGAAGAACAAUAAAGAUAAUAUGGGGAGAGAUAGAGUCAGGACUUUUUGUGCUUCUUCCUAUUCAUCUUCUUCUUCUUCUUCUGUUAUGGACCCUUAUAAGACUCUUAAGAUCCAACCUGGUGCUUCUGAGUCUGAGGUCAAGAAAGCUUUUAGACAGCUUGCUCUGCAGUAUCAUCCAGAUGUAUGCAGAGGAAGCAAUUGUGGUGUACAGUUUAGUCUGAUCAAUGAAGCCUAUGAUAUUGUGAUGAGUAAUUUGAGGGAAGAACCAGAUGAAUCAUCACAGAUGUACAGGUCUUAUGAGCCAUCGGAUCAAGGAAUUGAUGAGCCUAUGAGAGGAAUGAACGAUCCAGAUUGGGAUAUGUGGGAAGAAUGGAUGGGGUGGGAAGGAGCUGGGAUUCGUGACUACUCAUCUCAUAUUAAUCCUUACAUUUAAGAAAAUAAAAAUAAAAAACUGUAAAUGAUAAGUUUUAAUGUGUGAAUUAAAAUUAAGCCCCCCUCCAUCUUCCAGCCAAAAUUAUAACGGUUGCGUCUAUUGUACAUAAUUAGAUGUGGGGACUGUUUCUAAUUUCACUUCUUUUUUUUUUCCAUGUAAAGUUGCUGAGCCUAUCCAUUACAUAUGCUGAUGGAAGGCAGCACCAAAAUAAUUUAUCACCAUUAUUGGCUA